AUGGAGUGGACGGCCCCGAAGCCCGCCUCCUCGCCCUCCUCGCCUCCCCUGCUCUGGGACUGGGGAGACCACGCCGCCACGGGCUCGGGCUCCUCCUCCGGCGACGCGCCGGCGCGGCGCGGCGGGAAGGAGCGGGAGGCGAAGCGUGCCAGGGGCGAGGACGGCGGCGGGGGAGCUGAGGUGAGGUGCCAGGUCGAGGGGUGCGGAUUGGACCUCACCAGGGUCAAGGACUAUCACCGGAAGCACCGCGUCUGCGAGGCCCACACCAAGUCCCCCCGCGUCAUCGUCGCCGGCCAGGAGCGCCGCUUCUGCCAGCAGUGCAGCCGGUUCCAUGCCCUGUCAGAGUUUGAUCAGAAGAAGAGGAGCUGCAGGAGGCGCCUGUCUGAUCACAAUGCCCGCCGCCGGAAGCCUCAGCCAGAUGCAUUCACCUUUGCCUCUGCAAGGCUGCCUUCGUCAUUGUUUGAUGAUAGGAGGCAAAUAAGUUUUGUCUGGAAUAAAGCUCCUGUUAGCCAUGUAAGACCUUUCACUUCUCCAUGGGACAGCUCAUCUGACUUAAAGCUCCCUCAUGCAAAGGAAACAAGAGAGGUAUCAACAAAAGUUGGGACAAUUACUGGACAAGUUCAUUUGGAUAAAUCUCGCAUGUCCAGUGCUAUUCCAACACUUAGCCAUGGCAAAGAUGAGCCUUGGCCAAUGAAAGGUCCGGACAUGUCUAUAACUGCUUCAAAAUUCGAUGGAGCACCGGAUCUUCAGCGUGCUCUCUCUCUUCUGUCAGUUGGCGCUUGUGGAUUGCCUGAUCCUGUACAUCAAACAUCUUGCGUUAUCCAAUUUACUGGUGCCAGCGAGAACAGUAGUGACCUUCAUUUAUCACAUGGAGGGAACUCUGGUCCAGCUUCAUGCGCUGAUGGACAGCAUACUACUCAGCCUCAGUCUCAGCUGGUUCGUUUUAACAUGGAUACCAGCAACAAUGUCUAUGAGCCCAGUUUCUUCGGUGUAAACCAGAUAAAUUAA